AUGGCCACAGGCAGAGGUGGUAUUUUUGGAGGGGCCUCGUCUAGUGCUGGGGCCCAAACCAGUGUUGCUAGCAGAGGUGGCAGUCUACAGAGGGGACGUGGUGGAUGUUCCAGAGCCACAGGCAGGGUGUACAGUAUGUGCCAGCAGGAAUCGCAGGCGUCACCCGACGUGAUCACAGGUAUUUUACCAGUUUUUGGAGUUCCUACUAGAGUUUUGAUUGACCCUGGGGCUACGCAUUCCUUUGUUACACCUAGUUUCGCCCACAAUGCUAAUGUAAGACUUUCAGCCUUACGGAACGAACUAGUGAUCUCUGUGCCUACAGGAGAAAUUUUUAAGGUUGGUACGGUGUAUCGAGAUAGUAUAGUGUUAGUGGGAGAUGUAUUUCUGGAGGCAGAUUUGAUUCCCUUGGAAAUGGUUGACUUGGAUGUCAUUCUAGGGAUGGAUUGUUCCGGACGACCUGAAGUGACAUUUUAUGGCGAGCGCAGAGUGCUUCCAUCUUGCCUCAUCUCAGCUGUGACGGCCAAACGGUUGCUCAGAAAAGGGUGCUCAGGAUAUUUAGCACAUGUGAUUGAUACCAGAGAUAAAGGGCUGAGAUUGGAAGAUGUUCCAGUGGUACAAGAGUUUCCGGAUGUAUUCCCUGAGGAUCUUCCUGGCUACCUCCUCACCGGGAGAUCGAGUUCACCAUUGAGCUCGUUCCAGGAACGAAUCCUAUCUCUCAAGCACCAUAUAGAAUGGCACCAGCAGAGUUGA